UUAGGCGAUAUUUACAGUCACGCUCCAACAUGGCGCUGCACUGUAGUCGAACAUGCCGACAAUAUUUAUUACAUUUAGCCCACGACAAUGUUGAUUUUAGAUUACCGGAGAUAAAGUCGCUGUUGUCUAUUCUUGGGAAGCCGUUCGACCCAUCAGAGAACUUUAAAGAGAAGGUCGGCUUGUCUCCCUUCUGGCGAUUGAACGGCUUAUGUGAGGAUGACAUACGACACAUAAUGGGAAGAACUGUGUGUGCUAAAUCAGCUUUUGAAUUAUGGGGUCACGGAGGAACGACCGACGAACUGAAAUCAUCACUCCUAAAGUAUCCAGCAGAUAGCAUGUUGCCCUUUCUUCAAGAAAAAUCAACUUACAAAAUUAAUGUUUACACUUUCAACAAAACAUUAAUCAUGAAUGACAGAAUAAAGAAAAUUGAUGCAUUGGACUUCCUUCCUUUUAAAGGGAAAGUAAACCUGAAGGACGCAGAUCACGUGUUUUGCUUGCUAGAGGACUAUGGCACCGACCCCAACAACAUCCCUGAAGAGCCUUUGUAUGUGUACUUUGGCAGAUGGAUUGCAGAUGGCCAAAGAGACCUAAUCCGCUCUCACAGUGUGAAGAAGAGGCACUUCAUUGGGAACACCAGUAUGGAUGCAGGGCUAUCUUUCAUAAUGGCCAACCACGCCAGUGUCAAAAAGCAUGACCUUGUCUGUGACCCCUUCGUUGGAACAGGAAGCCUGUUGGUAGCAUGUUCCCAAUUUGGGGCUUACGUCUGUGGGACAGACAUUGAUUACAACACUAUCCACGGAAAAGGCAAAUCCAGCCGGAGGAACCAGAAGUGGAGGGGUCCAGAUGAGAACAUCCGGGCCAACCUUCGCCAGUACGGGACAGAGAGGCAGUAUGUGGACGUGCUGGUCUCGGAUGCAUCCAAACCCAUUUGGAGGAGCGUGAACCUAUUCGAUGCCAUCAUCACAGACCCUCCCUACGGUGUCCGGGAGUCCACACGGAGAACAGGCUCCCAUAAGGAUAUAAUCAGGCCUCCAGAGGACUACGGUGGGGAGAGCCAUGUGCCGGUGACCUUGGAGUAUCGCCUGAGUGACAUCUUCACUGACCUCUUAAACUUUGCAGCCCAUCAUUUAGUAAUGGGUGGCCGCUUAGUUUACUGGCUGCCAAUCUAUAGACCAGAGUACUGUGAGGAGAUGCUCCCCCUGCACCCCUGCCUGAGUCUCCUCAGCAACUGUGAGCAGGUUCUCUCCACCCACACGUCACGAAGGCUAAUCACCAUGGAGAAGACCAAAGAACUCGAGAAGGAGGAUGACCUGGCCCUCCUGACUGACCCGCGCUAUGGUCCGUACCAGGGGCUGGACUCCUUCAGAGAGAAGUACUUCAGCGGCGUCACCAAGAGGAAGGAAGAAGAGGCCAGGACACCAGCCGACGGAAUGGAGUAACCCUGUUUAGCAAUGUAGCAGAAGGUCCUGAUUUUACUACCGUUGCAUUUUUAUUUUUUAAUUUUUAAAUGAUGUUGUGUCCACGACUUAUUUCAAAUAAAUGUUUUUUUUAAUCGAU